AUUAAGAUGGCUUUUGUGGAAAUAUGUCUCGUCCUGGCUAUCAUCGGCUUACUAUUGUUCAAGUGGAGUACUGGCACCUUCAAGGCUUUCAAAGAUCGGAACCUAUACUUCGAGAAACCGCACCCAUUUGUAGGUAACAUGGGUGCAUUGGCCUUGCAAAAGGCCUAAUUCCAAAAACAAACCUCCGAGUUCUAUAAUCGCACUCGGCAUCGCAAGCUAGUAGGGCUCUUUAAUCUACGCACCCCAAUGAUCCAGAUAAACGACCCCCAGCUGAUUAAAAAGAUAUGCGCUAAGGACUUUGACCACUUCCCCAACCACCAGACACUGAGUAUCCCGAACGAGCGUCUAGUUAACGACAUGCUCAAUGUGAUGAGGGAUCAGCACUGGAGGAACAUGAGGAGCGUCCUGACCCCGGUCUUCACGGCGGCCAAGAUGCGCAACAUGUUCACCCUGAUGAAACAGAGGUUCGCGGAAUGCCUGGAGCACCUGAAAUCCUCCCAGCCUUUUGCUGCAGGUGAAAAUGGCUUUGAACUGGACAUGAAAGUGCUUUGCAACAAGCUUUCCAACGACGUGAUUGCAACUACGGCUUUUGGAAUAAAGGUUAACUCAUUCGAUGACCCAGGGAAUGAGUUCCAUACGAUCGGGAAAACCCUAGCUUUCUCACGGGGUCUACCGUUCCUAAAGUUCAUGAUGUGCUUACUUGCUCCGAAAGUUUUUAAUUUUUUCAAGCUGACUAUCUUUCACUCCACCAAUGUUGAGUACUUUGUUCGCCUGGUGGUGGAAGCCAUGCAGUACCGCGAGAAGCACAAUAUCACCAGGCCCGACAUGAUCCAGCUUCUGAUGGAGGCCAAGAAUGAGUCUGAGGAUAACUGGACGGACGAUGAGAUCGUGGCCCAGUGCUUCAUUUUCUUCUUCGCCGCCUUCGAAAACAACUCCAAUCUGAUCUACACCACCACCUACGAACUGCUUCGCAAUCCCGACAUCCAGGAGCGCUUAUAUGAAGAGGUUCAGGAUACCCACGAGGCACUAAAGGGUGCACCUCUCACUUACGACGCCGUGCAGAAGAUGACCUACAUGAACAUGGUCAUCUCAGAGUCCCUUCGGAAGUGGACCCUUUCAGCAGCAGCAGACCGGCUCUGCUCCAAGGACUACACGCUCACAGAUGAUGAAGGGAUCAAGCUUUUCGAAUUCAAGGCAGGGGAUAAUAUAAGCAUUCCCAUCUGUGGGUUGCACUGGGAUGAGCGCUUCUUUCCGCAACCCCAGAGGUUUGAUCCAGAGCGAUUCAGCGAAAGGCGAAAAAAAGAUUUGAUACCCUAUACAUAUUUGCCAUUUGGAGUCGGACCCCGCAGCUGCAUUGGAAAUGGCUAUGCUCUGAUGCAGGCCAAGGGAAUGCUCUACAGUCUAAUACUAAAUUACAAGAUUGAGGCCUCACCGCGAACCACCAAGGAUCUGUGGGAAUCGGCACGAGGCUUCAAUAUAAUUCCAACGACCGGAUUCUGGAUGCAGUUGGUGCCACGUAAAUAG